CUAUUUUUUACAAACCCUUGAUCAUAUAACUCUUAUCUGAAUAAACAACAUAUAUUUGCUGCAAGUCGUCGGUGAACAUGAAUGGAACCUACUUAAGUUGGGUAUUAUUGUCGGUGGUUAUUAUCUUGAUAGAUGCAAAAGAAUGGUGUGUGGAUCAUAGACAAAAUCUAUCUAACUGCCACGAGGUUCAUUUGACGUGUAAAAGAGGAUUUGUAAUAUCACAAAUAGAUAUGUAUGCCGGGAACCGUGACUGUGACCACACCUCAACAUGCAGGGGUCUACCCCCAGAUACUCAAGUCGAUGUUAUGUCCUGUUAUUGGAAACAAAACUGUUCCAUCAAAAUUCCAUCACAAGCAAUUGUGUUCUUCACAAGUACACACACUUUCACGCCAUUCAAACAAGAAGACAAUUGCUUUGUUUUGCCAAAAUCAUUUCAUGUGAAGAAACUGUCGUGUACCAGAAUUAUAGAUAUAAGAGAUAUUUGUUACCAAAAUGGUGGAAUAUCAACACUUCGUAUACAACACAGAGGUCAUAGCUCAGGGAUAAUAAGAAGCCACAGUCAAACACCAUGGGAUUAUCCAGAAAAUCAGAAAAAUUGUAGUUUGACAUUUUCAUAUCCCGUGUUGGAUACCAUCUCCUAUAAUACCCUUCUAACGAUUGUUUGGUUAGAUAUUAACUUUCAAAACAACAAUUUAGUGGUAAGAUACUCUAAGAAUAGGCGGAAAAGAAGGAAAAAUGUGAAGAAAACUCGAAAUAUAAAUAUCCGAGGAAUAAAAUCAUCGAGUGUUUUUAUAGACUUCACAACCAACUGGAGUACACGUGGAGCAACGGGAAAGGGGUUUGUGAUAUGCUAUCAGCAUAAAGUCAGUUCAAAGAGGAGAAAGAAAAAACUUAAAAACAGUGUACAUCAAAAUCGACAUAAUAAAAAUAGAAAGGCUAAAAACAAGGAUAAGAAAUUUAGGAUAAAGAGGAGAGCAAAGAGAAGGAAAAAGGAUGCCUGCAGAUCCGUAAUGAAGACUAUGGUAUUAAACAGCAAAUCAGUUAGCCUUCACGGAAAUUCUUCUUUCUGUGAAUGCGGAACGGAAGAAGAGGAGUUUUGGAAUUUGAAAUAACAUUCGCAUAAUUAGAUGAUAAUCGGAAAUGAAUUCAUUAAUUUACAUUGAUGUUAUCCAUUUCACUUGGGAAUUCAAAACAUAAUCUUCCGGCAUCAGUUGUACAUUAACUUCUAGAAGGUCGUUGAUUUUCUGUAUACUAGUAUAUAUGGAAAUUCCAGUUGAAAAUUUAAACAAAAGUAAUAAACAUAAUUUCCUUAAUAAAUAGAACAGGUCAGCUUAGUCAUUAUAUAUGAAUGAUAUUUGUUGUCAUAACUCCUGUUUGUACAGUCUUUUUGUACAUUGUCCACCUCAUUUAAACCAAUGACAGUUUAUGAAAUUGGAACUUAUUAUCAUUUUUGGAGGAAGUUUAAUAAAGUUCAAGUAUGAGUGAUAUAUUAUAUACAUACAUGUAUAUAUUAUUUAAGGAAAAACAAACUACGUCUUGUAAAAUGCAUUUUGUACGAAGUCAACCUUACGAUUCUAAAUAUCUCAAUUGCUCAUAUAAAAGGUAAUGUCGAAUGAGCACCUAAAACAUAAAAUUUUGUCAAAAUAUUGAUAAGUUUUCAAUAAAAAUUCACAUAUUACAUGUACCUUAAUAUUCAACCACUUAAUUAUUAUUUAUCUCCUAAUAAACACAAUAUAAUGAACAAGAUGCAUUUAACGCCUACCAUUUUUGGGGGGUGGGGGCUGAAAAAUACAAUAACCAUUAUCAUUUAAGAGUUGCCAAUCAUGAGUGUAGUUGUAAGUUGCAACUCUGCAUUUUUCAUCUAGAAUCAAGAUAGAAAACCAUCUAAUAAUUAAAGAGAUACUCUCUUUAUAUCUCUUUUGUGCAUAUACGUAAUGUAUAGCAAUUUUCUCUGUAUUUAUAAGAAUUUAACUUCUUCAAUACCCCCUCCCAAAUUAUUUAGCAAACUUAAACAAACAUAUUGAUCAGUUAGUUGUUUUCAUAAUUAACACAACGUGUUUCAAACGGAAGUUAGAGAUGUAAAUUAUGAGUUGUUGAUUACAUGUAUAAGAUUGACUAGUUUGAAUGACUUGUACAUGAUGAUUGCGAUUAUUAAAU